AAGCUAACCUCCGCUCUAGCCGCAGCCCUUUCCUGUUAGCUAACGCUGAGCUUCAGCUCUCACUACAUUUAGCGACAUAACGGUGUCUCUUUGACAUAUUCUCACUCUCUAGCACUUUUUUCCCCACCGAAAACAUGGCGGAGGCCAUUCAAAAGAAGUUAAAAGCGGAAUUAGAAAAAUACACACAGAUGCAGAAAGAUGUUAGCAAGAGCAUGGCAGCCAGACAGAAGCUGGAGACGCAGCUAACAGAGAACAACAUUGUCAAGGAGGAGCUUGAUCUGCUGGACAGCACAAACAUAGUUUAUAAGCUCAUUGGCCCAGUAUUAGUGAAGCAAGACCUGGAUGAGGCCAAAUCUACAGUCACGAAAAGGCUGGAGUACAUCAACGGAGAGAUUCAAAGGUAUGAGACACUCCUGAAAGACAUGGAAAAGAAAUCUGAACAGCAUCGAGAAGUCUUGUCCAGUUUACAGCAGGAGUUUCAGAGAGCUCAGGGCCUGGCUGUUGGCAAAGUCUGACCAAGUGAUCCAGCUGCAUGCUCACGUACGCAAAUACACUGAUAAAAGCAGGACGACAUAAUGUAAACCUUUGACAUGAGGAUGAGAAAAUUCUGCUUGUAUGUUGUCAUUAAUUUGUUAUCACAGUGACUUUUCCCUUGUUACUAAUAAACAUGUUUUUCCAUGAAA